AUGUCAGAAGAUCAUUCAGCUCAUCAACUACUUAAGAAGAAAAGAGUGGGCAAAGCAUGUGAUUCAUGUCGUAUCAAGAAAACCAAAUGUGAUGGUAAGAAGCCAUGUAAUAGAUGUAUCUUGGAUAAUAAAAUAUGUGUGUUCACCGAAAAAAAGAAACCCAAGGAAAAGAAACAUCCUUUGGGAUAUGUUGAAUUAUUAGAAACAAGGUUAGACAUAUUGACAAAACUGUUUGAAAAAUUAAUUACAUUAUCAAGACCACAUUUACAGUUUAUUGAAGAUAUAGUAUCGGAAUCAAGUUUGGAAUCACCUGUUUCAUCAAUAGACGAUGGUAAUAAUCAACAUAUGGAUACUUCUCCUAGUGAGGAUGGUGAAACUCAAGUGGUACCUAUAAAUAAAGUUGUUUGUUAUUUGAUUAAUCAAAAGGGCUUAUUAGAUAAUUUACCUGUUGAAUGGGAACAAGGUGCUAUGAUUGCUGCUAACUACGAUUCAAAUAAGAAUUUAGAAGAAUCCUCAAAAUUAUUUGCGGAACAUAAACUAGACAACUCAAACAAUCAUCAAACUUCUUCACCAAUUUUAUCUCCUACUACACAAGUUAAACGUAGGAAUUCAAAGAAAAGAUCAUUGAGUAAGAAUCUGAUUCUGCUGAUUCUGCCACAUCUGCAAGUUCCACCACAUAAUCAUAAUCAUCAUUCACAUUCAUACUCACAUUCACAUUCACAGCCUGUUGAUCAGAUCCAAGAAGAUGAAUUUUCUCCAGAAGAACUGUAUUUCCCAACUGAUGGUCCUUUUUUAAAAAAAGAGCCAAUAUCUCCUCAUUUCAGCCAUCAUACUCCAGUUGCUAGUAAUCAUCACCAACCUCAACAACAAUCAACUCAAUCACAGUUUUCCCUAACAGAAUUUAAUCCUAAUUUUUAUUCCUCAUCUCAUGAUGGUAAUAUUUCCGAUAUGGAUAGUGAUUCAUCUAAUAAAGAUAAUGAAAAUCAUUCAGAUUCAGUCUCACCUCAAAACUUAAAUGAUUAUAGAACUUCAUCUUUAUUUUCCAAUUCGGGAGAUAUGCCAAUGAUUGGUAAAACAUCAUCUUUAACUUCAUUAACCAAUAAAUAUGAAAAACAUACAUUAUCAUCACCACAAUCAACUACUGCUCCAAGUUCAAUUUUCACUAAUGCUGAUCCAGUAUUGGCAACUUUAAGACGUUCAUCAUCUUCACUUUCACAAAAAACCAUGGGUUCAAUUACAACUACUACUGGAGGUGUAGUUCAAAAAUCUAAACAUAGUGUUCAUAAACCAUCGCAUCAUCAUUCAAGAGUAUCAUCAUUUGAUAAAAGAUUAGAUAAUGUAAGUAUUCAUUCCACUACAAGUCAUGCUAACUUUACAUUUGAUACUAGAUAUGAAGAAUUGGAUGAUAAUAGUAGUACUACUGGCGGUUUUAGUAAUUAUAUUGCUCCUCCAUUACCUCAACCUCCAAGUCCCUCAGAUACAAGUCUUGUUUUCAGUUCUUUGGGUAGUCAUUUAAAUGUGAAUACUGGUAAUGGUGGUAAUACUGUUGGUGGUGCUUCUACUGCUGCUUCUACUGCUGCUGCUACUGCUGCCGCCGGUGGUGGUGGAUUAGACUUAUUAGUUGAUAAUUCGUUUGAUCCGUUUUUUAAUAAUAAUAAUAAUCCAUUUACUGGUAAAUACCAAAUGGGUUGA